CUUGUGGUGUGGGGUCAUGUGUUUAAGAGAUGAAGAGAAAGAGAGAGGAGUGACAGAUGGAGAGGAGAAGUUGGUCUCUUUGCAGUUCCAAAGCUCUGUUUAAGCCCCAAAGCUGUGUGCAGUGGAAAUGUGGAGAGGAGAGAGAGAGAAGGCGCGAGGUAAAGGGAGCGAGAGAAAGGGAGUGAAGGAGGAGGGUUUGCGUUGGUGUGCUGGUUGGCAGUGAGAGCGCUUGUCAAAAAACCCUUUCUCUGACAGAAGGCAUGAUUCACAGCAGAGAGAGGGAGAUGGAGGACAGAGAGGGAGGUAAGCGACAUAGAGAGAUGAAGGGGAUAACGGCAUGAUGCGGAUGGAUGUCCCUAAUCUGCAAACACAGCAAGAAUGAGCUGAGGAGCUUAGACUGGAUUCAGUCCUCCAUCAUUGUGUCCGGUCCCUCUGUUGCGUCUCUCUGACUCACGCUCUGCUGGUGUUGAGCAGACAGACAAACCAGAAGAGUACAUGUAAAUGCAGUCAAUCUGUGGGAGAGCGGAUCAGCUGAAGAAGUCACUGCGAGGACAGGAGAAGUGGAACUUUUCCCUCAAACAUUUAUUUGGAAUAUACCUCUACUGGUACAGUUUUGGGACCUAAAAAGUCGGUUUCUCCGCCUUUGUAUCGUGGAGGGAGCCAGCUUUCUGAAUGACCUGCGCAGCCUCAUGGCUAAUAACCACAUUCUCAAGAUUUAGGUAAAUUAAAGACUUCACAAUUCAUACUUCAAACUUCCCACGUGCCUCCCAUCAUCCCCUCCCACCAUCCGCCAUCCAGCCAAACAUGGGCAAGCCUCUAAGCCGACCAGGUUGCUUCAGAAAGAGCUCCUGUUGCCUGGAGAAACAUGGAGCUGGGGAUCGAGGGAUGGGAGGGCGAGAUGGCGGAAUCGAAGCGGGGUAUGGAGAUGGCUAUGUCCCCCAGCGCUCCAUCUAUGACACCAUGUGCAUCAAUCAGCAGAUAGACAACCACCAUCACCACCACCACGGAGGGUCCAUGAGGCAAGAUGGGGGUGGCGAGGGGAGUUUUAGCUACUCUGCUAGCAGCUCCCUGAGAGUAGGCCGGUCCCCAGGAGACAUGUUUGACAUGCAGCCUCGCUCUUUGACUCCAAAUCCGUCAUUUGUGCGCCGUCUGGACGAAAGGGCCAUUUACGACUCUCUGAAACUCGGUGCUCAGGAUGUCGACGGCAGCAUCUGCCAUUCACCUGGAAACUUCAACCGAUCCAUUUCUCCAUCUGUGUCCUCAUUCUCAGCGCCAGGCGUGUCCUCGUCAUUAUCGAAGAAGCACCAUCACCACCACCACCACCAUCACGGGGACAGUACAAAGAGUCGGGAUGGGAGACAGUCAUGGAAAGGCAUGACCCCUCAGAAGCACCUGGAAUGUGUGGAGCUUACUGCAAAUGACAUGAUCGAUCGAGGAGGAGGAGGGUAUCUCAAUCCAGGUCACUAUGGCCACCAAGGAGGGCAGUCUUCCUCUCUAACUUCCCCACUCAUUUCUCCCUUUUCUGGGUCGCCACUGUCCUCAGGUUACCACACGCCUGUCUUUUUUUCCCCUGGCAAGCCUCUACCCAGUCAAAGUCAGAGCUUGCGCUGUUCACCUCCUCAUGCCAUUCACCCUCGACACUACUCCCAGACCCAGAGUCUCAGGAUGUCACCUCCCCAGGAGCUAAGGAGAUCGCCUUACAGAGCCCCUUUGGUCCAACUUUCUGCUCAUGACCUUGAGCAAGACAUGAGGGACCGGGGUGGUUGGGGCCGGAGUGAAAGAGAAUGGGAGAGGGAGAAGGAGCGGGAGAUGGAAAGAGGAUGGGCACAGCGAGAGUGGGAGAGAGAAAGGGAGAGAGGGAGGUUAGAAAGAGAGAGGGCUAGAGAAAGAGAAAGAAGGGAGACCACCUUUGGGACCUUUGGGUAUGGUCGACAAGUCCCUUUGCAUUCAGAUUCUGUCUUUUUAGAACCAGAACAGGUACUAGAUACAACACCCCUUUUGCUCCCCCAGCCAUCGCCUUCACCUUCUCCCUCCCCAAAUGCUGCCCCACGGAUGGGAACUGGAGCCGUGGGAAGAAAUAGAGCCGGGUCCAGAGUUGGCUCCGAUUCUGUUAGUGGGCCUAUAGCUCCAAAAUAUGACAAUGGUAGCGGCAGUACUGCUUUAAUUGACAAAUCCGGGCCGAGGCUAGUGAGUGAAGUUUCAAUUGGAAGUAUAUCUGAGGCCGAAAUACGGGCUGGAUAUCCUGACAGAACUCAUGGGGGGAGUUGGAACAAGCAUGAGAGUGGAGCCAGGGUCAGUGUUAAAAAUGGCUGCGAAACAAGAAUGGGAUCACAGGUGAAGACAAGAGCUGGAGGAAGAGAGUUGGAGGGAAGAGUGCAGUCAGGGAUGCAGAUGGAAAACAUGGCUCAUGCUGCAAACAAAGUCCAGCGGGAUGGGAUGCGAAACGAAGCGAGAGAUAUAGACAAACCAGAUCACAUCCCUGAAAGUAUCUCUUCAAACAUUGUAAAUGUUGAGACUGGACCUGCCACCGGUGAUAAUAGGAUGGAACUUGAAACUGCCGCAGAUGCAGAAGCAUCCAUCAGAUCGAGAGAAGCUGAGAUGAAGCCUGCAGUAGAAGCUACAGUUGAUACUGACAUCUGUCCUUCAAAAGAAUCCAGACCAGAAGCUAAACCUGAAGCAGAUGUUAGUGUUCCUCCUGCAUCUGACGUUGUGACAGAACAAAAAAUUGAGGUGACUGAUGACUUUGUGCCUCAAAAAGACACGCUAAUUGACAGUAAAAACAAUGACUGUGUCGCAGCCACGGACAAACCAGAUGCUGAUGUUGUUGCUGCUGAUGAAAAAGAAAAAGACAAAGUUCAGCAAAAGAUUUUAGAUGAUAACAAACCUCGGUCCCCUCGAGUUGAAAAGGGAUCCAAAUCUCAAAAGUCCAAAUCGUCCAAGUCUUUAUCAUCAUCAAAGGCGAGCUCACGGACACGGCCCGGUACAGCCACUGGAAUGCGACCCGGAGCAGUCAGUCCGAGACCUAACCGUGGGCUUCCAGAGCUGGAGUCGACAGGACCAACUGAAGGCAUCGAGUUCACCUGGCCUCGUCGCGUGAUGGUCAGGAAAAGGACAGUUCGGCAAGGCGGGGCGCUCCACAAUCUCCCCAUCCUCCCUCCUCUACCCUCCGUCCUCUCAGCUUUGGAAAAGAGGCGCCCACAUGGCAUGUUCCAUCCCCGUACAGGUCACUUUUCCGAGAACCCUCUGAUAAACCCUGGGGAUCCAAUAAGUUUUGUUGGACGCUGCUCCCUGAAGGAGCCUUCGAAUCAAGAAGCCAGCCAGAUUGUAGUGGGGAGAGCUUCAUUGAAGGAACAAAACUUGGAGCACUGGAGGGUCUGCAGAGAGCAGGAUGAACCCAAGAGGUCCAAAAGCAAGGAGAAACAAGGAUUGCCAAGAUCGGAUAAAUUAGAAAGGGGAGCGAAAAAGCAUGAAGAGGAGAAAAGAAAACAUGAGAAAAACCAACUAUCAGUGGGAAAAGAGAAUGUUUCAGUCACUGUCAGUAAGAGUCAAAAUGAGAGCAAACCUAAAACAGUGAAUGUCAAAACUGCUGACCAACAAGGAGAUUCGGAAAUCAAAACAGAGGGUUAUGGAUAUAUGACGGAGAAAAGUGUCAAUCUGAGAGAAGUGGAGAAGGAAAAACUAGUUGAAGCAGUUGACCAACACGUAGUGGAGGCCAUUUUGCGAACAGGAGAAGUUGUUGUUGAAGAAGUAGGGACUUCUGUAGGACAGCAGGAGGGGGAGAGCUGGGACGCGGUCCUUGAGAUGGUGAACACGCUGUGGGAUGACGGCUGGGAGAAAAGAGGCGCAGGUGGUGAUGACACAGACUCACUUCCAGGCUCCCUCCAACGUUGGCCUCUGCUUCGACCCCCGGUUGGUUUUGGGGGUUCCCAUCCUCCUUCCUCGGCUGCCUCUGAGCUCAGCUUGACCGAGUUAGAGAGGAGGGCGAGAGAGCUUGACUCGGAUCUGGAGCACCUCGAUCUGUCUCAGCCGAGCAGAGACGGCCAGGAUUUGUUCCAAACAGCCUCGGAAAGCCAAAAAGAAAGAGGUGACAUGUACCAAACCCACCCCGGGCCUCAGAGGGAGAAAGGGCUGCUCUUUACAGGAGUGGCCAGCAGAUCUCAGGUCAGUUUGGAGCUCAGCGCCAUGGCUUUGUCCGCUACAAACCCAGACAGAUCUCCAGCAGGGUGGACCGGCAAGUCAGGAGCCGAGACUCUUGGCACCAAUUCCACCAAAGAGGACAGCUCGCCAGACUCCAACCUCACCUUGGAAUCGGACUCCAGCGGCGUCUUUCUCUCCCUGUCAAAUCAAAGCCAAGAAGAGACCGGCUCGGACAGCGACCCGCCCGUCAGUGGGUCCGACCUCGGCAGCAGCACUACGUCUCUGGAGAAGGAUGGGGAUGAAAUCGGGAUCAAAGAGUGGGGGAGAGAGGAGAGUUCUGAGUUGCAGUGGUGCUACCCGUCACUACUGAACACCUCCACACAAGAAGAUGUGGAGGGUGAUCAGCAUGAGGAUCUGCAUGGAAAGAUAAGAGGAGAGGAGAUCAAAGGGAAAGAGGAUGCAAAUGCUGGCCACUUCUCCACCUCAAGUCCUCAUCCAAGUGAGGAAGUGCAUCCCAGGAAGAAAGUGACCAUCAUGCACACCGACUCCGGUCUGUCCCCCUUGAAGAAGCCCAUCCGGCGUCUCAUAGACCCACUUCAGAAGCCAGUCAGAACCUCUGGGUUGGACUGUGGUGAUAUUGAUCCUUACGUGACACCAGACAGCUUCGUAUACCUUGCUGUGUCUGCAGGACCAGGAGGCCUUGGGGAGAUCCGUACGGACAUGGACGCCUUUACCCAUCACAUUAAGCACGCAGAGAGCCGGAAAACUCAUGUGGAGCACGAUCCCAAGCUAGCGCACCUGCUGCCUGACAAACCUGAGGAAGGAGACUUUCUAUGUACAGACAGCUUUGUCUACCUGGCUGCCCCUGACUGCCUCCUGCUGGGGCCAGAGGGCAGUACACACUACAGUGGGCGGGACUCCGACUCUGAAAGCUCCGACUCCGGCCCGGUGGACCUGUCAGGGCCCGGCUGUGAGAUGGUUGCAGGAGACAGCGAUUGGGAUUCAGACCUGUCUGACUCUGACCCCAGUCGGCCCUCAAGGAUCCCCGUCAGCUCCUCCAGGUCUCACGCUGCAGCUCGAUCCAAGCGUCUCCCACCAGAACCCGAGUGGGACAAGUUUAAAGCGGAUCGAGAGGCACAGGAGAACCGGAAACCAUUGACAACCAGCACGACAGGACCGUCCGACGACUCCACAGGGUCCAAUCGAGCGGCGACGCCUGAGCAGCAGCUGACCAAGAAGGUCACCUGGCAGUUUAAACCAGCUCAGAGGUCCGUCUGCACUGGAAGCAGGAAGGAGAAGGACAAGGAAAUGGCUUCUUUUGCAAGGCUCGGAGACUUAGAAGGCGAUGGACCCCCUUCACCUUCGUCUUCUUCAUCCUCCUCCACAUCCUCUUCUGAUUGAUUCGUCCGUCGAGGAUUUGAUGGAUGCACACUUGACUGGGCUGAGGAGCGCUGAGGGUAAGAACAACCAGAAUGUUGAUUUGAAAUAUGGAAUCCAGCUGCCUUUUGUGACUUAUUGAGACCACACCUUUACAGAACAAUUCAAGCCUUUAGUUUUGAACGACAGUGGACUUUCAAGUCGAUUAUGCGCUCUGCAAACAUAACCUGGAGGAUUAGCCCAAACUUUCAAAAUGAUCGCUGAAACUCGUCACUGUUGUUAAAAGCCUUUAAAAACGUCAAAUAUGAUGAUGUAUUUUACAACUCUACUACAUUUAUUUGGUCAUGAUGUGUGCGAAAUGUGAAUUCAAUACGAAGGAACAUUUAUUUACAAUGUUUUAUUUAUCAAUUGUGAAUGUAAAUUGGAGCAAUAUGCUAAUAGAUUUAUGACAAAUAUAUGUGUUUUACCUUACGAGCUGCGCUUGAGUGACGUGUAUAAAACGUUUAGAUGACGACAUGUAUUUGCAGUUUUUAUCUAGAAUGUAUGUAACAUUUACGAAGGGUGUUUUUGACGUUUGCACAGUGGCCAUUUUGAAGUGGCUGCGGGUGGGUGACAAAGAUUGACGGCUCAUGUGUACAGUUUCAUAUAAGUAUAGUCUUUUUGUAGCCGGUUCUGCUCACAUGUUUUGGCCGGAGAGGACAGAGAUUCAGCUAUCACUUUCCGUCGCCGCCCACUCCCCGACUCAUUUGUCAGAGUGAGGAGACGUGACAGUGUGUUUACGCCACAAACGCAAGAUGGUGGCAUGCGGAUUCAAAUGUGGAGGCUGACAAGCUGCCCGUGGUCUGGCUCUACUUUUUUAAAGAUCAUGGAAAUACUACUGCACUAACAGAUAGGUUUACUCUUCGACGAUGGUGCCAAAGUGACAGUGCCGGGGGAUGAAGGGGAAGAGAUUGUAUGAUGAGUUUUGAAAUCGGUUUUCAGAGCUUGGCUUUAUUUUGCACAGAGAUAUAUAGAAAAUAGAAUGGCGGCAGCGGCUCUCUGGUGUCAGUGGUGACUAUAUUGAUUCAGGUCAUGAGUCAUGUUCAGAUGGUGUUAAAACAGAAAUAUAUAUAGCCUAGAUUAUUCCUCUGUAUUACUAAAUGUCAUCAUGUGCUGAAGAUUUUUGAGGACAGCCUUGUUGAGUUGACGUUUGGUCCUUAUCUGAAGAUUAAUAACAGAUUAAGGUAAGGAACGUUCUGCUCUAAAAAAGCUCUUCAUGAGCCUAACCCCAGUUUAGGUCAAAGGUCGCAGAUGUCCUUUCUUAUUCCUACAGCGACCCCCGCAGUUGAACGGGAAAGAAAUCGUAUAAAAGGCCCAAAUCUCUCUCUGUACAAAAUGCUCUGGCUGCUGUGGUUUUACUGCUUUCUAAUGCUUUAGCUUCUUAGCUUGUUAGCGCUAAGUAGAGCAAAAAUGCACGUGGAGGCAACUUCUUCAGAUCGACAUUAGAUUUUAAUACACGUGGAAACACUUGGUUUUGAAGUCUGCGCUUCAAUUUACAGUGAGCAAAACUUUCACGAUGUUGAAACGUCUUAAAGCCCCCCCCUCCAGAAAACUUUUUUUUUUAAAUGAAAGGUUUCCUGCUUGUACUGUCAUUGGCUACUUAAAUAGAUAACCUUCACUCAUUCAUUGAGUUUCAAUGAAAAUUGUACAGUUAAAAAAAUCUCUAAAGUAAAGGAUUAUGUCAUUUCAUUUUCAUUUGUUUACUCACUUUGUAUUUACAUUUUCCGUCCUAUAUUUCACUUAUUAAUUUCUUCUGUCUGAAAAAGUCACUCCAUAAAAAUCUAAUUUUUAUUUAAAGCAAACAGAAAAGAGUGUAAUAGUGCAUUAAAUAUUAAACUGUUCAUCCGUGACACUAUAUACCACAUAGCUACAACCUCGGUGUAGUUGAUAUGUCGACCUAAAUGAUGAAACUAUACAAAAACAUAUUUUAGCAAUGUCAGGAUAAAGUUAUUCUGAAUAAACUGAAAAUCUCCCAUUUUGCAAAGAUGGAGUUCUCUGGACACCAUCUUAUCUCGGUGGAUGUUAAGGUAAAAAAAACACAUAUUUUUGAAAUUUUUUAAAAACAAUUUCAAAGCAAAACUCAUAAUUUAAGUCACAGAAAAUGCCAGUAAUGUAAGAAAUGGAGGACAGAAUCCAAAAAAGUACUAUAAGAAGUGGGAAAUUUAUGAUUUAUUGAUGUGGGGAAACAUUGCUUGCUUCAUGCUUUACUCAUACAGUUGAACGCAAAUUCAGAAAUAUGUGUUGUAGCUGAACUCUGAACGUGCCAUAGUGAGUCAGCUCUUUUCAAGGUCUGUGCGGGACAUGGGUCGGGCCUUGGUCAGAACUGCUGUCCACAUUGUCACACAUUUAAAAACCUGCGAUAGUGCGAGCUGACUUGAGAAACUUUAGAAGAUAUUAUAUGGAAAAAGGCAUCAGAUUUGUUUCUUGACCCAGUUUCUGUACCACUGACUGGUUAACUGAAUAACUCAAGCCCCAUUUCAUUUUGUUGCCAUACACGCUGCCUCCUCAAGAUCCCCCUCUUUGAAAUGAGGCUUUGCCCACAAGAAGCCAUGAUAGUAUAUGACAUCCAUAUGAUCUACCACCACCAUUUACUGACCCCUUAAAUUUCAUGUUUCACCUCAUCUCACUUGCAGCACUGACCUUCAGUUCCCAGGGUCACACUAUUCGCGUGACACCUGACAUUGUUGCAGUGGACAGUGGAUUUACUUCCUCUGUAGCCCAGAUAAGCACCAAUGUCCUUCCAUGGCUCUUACAUUAGUUUAGAGGAACAUCACCAUCAUGAGAGGCUGCACUCCACCUCACUGUUAAAACAAGAGGAUCCAGAAGGCUUGCUGAGUUGUUGGAGGAAGAGGGUCCAAAAUGGCAUCGAACUGACGGCAUGCGUGUUUGUUAUGCCAGUAGUGUGAUGUCACCCUGAAUAAACUGGUGGAAAGUGUCUCACACAACUUCACCUCAGGCAGGCACAAUGGCUAUUACCGUUGUCAGGCCAUUAAACCGGCGCCAGCGUGGCACGCCGCUGACGAAUGGGCCAUCAGGGGGUAUUAAACCUGGAUUCAGGAGGCUUUGUUUUUAACCUUAGCGCAAAAAUAGAGCUACUAUUUUUCAUGCAUUUAACCUGAAGCAGCGUCAUUUGUUGAAAAACACCUGGUUAUUCAACAGCGCCAGGCUGGUGGCGGUCAAUGGUUUGGCUCCUGAAGCCCAAUGAACUGCCUCAGAAAUAGGUCGACUUUAAUAUUUCGUUGGACCAUCUUCAGUUUUGUUUACAUUGACGUUAGCGUUGCGCUGGAUAGGUGUUAUGAGGUUUAUUUCCACAGUCUCAGUACGUUUACACCUCGCAUUGAUGACGGGAGAGUCAGACCCACAUCUUCUCCAGAACAUCCCAAGGAUGCUCACUGGGUUUGGGCCUGGACUCUCGGCUGCGAAUUCAUGCAUGAAAAUGAUGCCUCACAGUCUUGGAGUGACCUGGUCAGUCAGGGUGACCUCAUUGUUCGGCCAUAAAAUGUUGCGCGACACUAUUUAUUUGCUCUUUUAAAUCCAGGAUCUCACAACUCUUUGCUAGACAGUGAAUUUAACAAGUCCUCUUCCCCUCUGACUCUGUUUUUUUAUGGUCUUUUAAAGGGACGGAGACUCAGAAAAUGCACAUAAACUGCUAUCCUACCCAGAGUUUAGCAAAACAUCAACAUUAAAUUCCCAUUCAGGCCCUAAAAUGAUCACUAAACCAUGCAUGAAGUCAUGGAGCCUAGAGAAUGUGUAUUUAUCAGACAUUAACUGCUCCUCCUUUAUGAACAGAAUAAGAUACUACAGUGAAUGUGACGUCACUCUGUGUGACACUUUUCAGAGGCUAAUAUUAGCAUGUAGCAUCUCCAUGGUCCACUCACACACAAGAGACAUCGAAUUCAGUUUCAAAAUGAAUUGUCGACAUUUAUUAUUUCCACCGACUUUCCACUCUUUUUCUAUUUUCCACUCUUCAGCGACUUGAACGCUGCUUCUCGUCGCUCACAAUAUCGACGAAGCUUUGGUGGAGUUUUUCCGGCAAAUUGAUUUUGAAACAAAGCUCCUCAUCUAAAACACUAGAAGGCCACGUUAAGUGACUUGGAGGGUCAGCUUUGGCCCACGGGCCUUGAGUUUGACACACGAAUUAUUCCACUCCAGAUUUUGUCUUUGUUAAUGGAGCUGGAGAUGCAUUACAUUUAUGAAUCAGAGUCAGUGAACGACUGCUCCAUUUGUCUGACAUCCAUUGCCUGUAAAAAUGGAGCGAAAUUCCGAAAUUCACUUUUUAGCGCUCUCUCAAAUUUCUGUGAGCAAACAGACAAACAAGCUGGUGUCUGAAGCCAACAGAUUUUCACCAUCGGUUUAAACAGGGAGUGCUUCCUGUUGUAUUACAUUAAUACACCUGAAAUAUUCUCUGUUGAGUUGGUCACGCGACUGUUACAAUAGUGAAACGGUGCGGUCGUAAAGCUGUUAUUACCACCGAGCGAGGAAGUGUAAUAACAUUGUAAUUACUGUGUGGUGUUUCCGAUGUGGGGCCCGGUGUUGUCAGCGCCGCUGCCGGCUAAUUUAUGCUGCGCUGCUGCGCCGUGUAGACAGGGACCAAGGACGUGACAUUUCCAAAGUCUGCAGGUCCACGCAGACUAUUUUUACACACACUUUGGUCGCUCCACUCUUCUGGCUCGGGCUCAUCCCUGAGAGGACUCACCGGUAAUUAGCCAAACCUGCGCGGGGUUUCUCCUAAUAUCCGACACAGUCACGCUGUGCGGCAGAUGAAAUCGUCCGCCCUGACGCUGCGGCUUCCGACUCAACCACAAGGUGGACGUGCGUUUUCUGUUGAGCAGGGCUGUCAUGUGACUGUGACAAAAAUCCACUGUGACGUUCUCAGAAUGACCUAAAAACCUGGAUGCUCUCGGGCGUGCGCUGUUUUUCUCUUCAUGUAAAUGCUGAUCAGUGUUUGAGCUUUGACUUGAGACCUGGAAGCACUUCCUGGUGGAAUACCAUGAUUUAUGUGAAGUCCUAUUGUGUGCUGUAAUCCCACGCCUCGCUGAAUGCAUUUAUAUACAAAUAAAGAUUUGAUGGUGCAACAAAACCGUCCACCUCGU